AUGACGCGCGGAGUUCCGCAGGGUUCGGUCCUUGGACCGACCCUGUGGAACAUAGGCUAUGAUACGGUGCUGAGGGCGAAUAUGCCGAUUGGCUGCUCGGUACUGUGUUAUGCGGAUGACACUCUUCGCGUCAGUCAAUUGAAGUUUUACGCGUACAAAUAUGUCAUCGGCAUUAUUUUGUGCUCCGCUGUUAACGUGUUCGUAGUCCAUCCUUACAUGAUGAAUAUGACUCAUUUGGGUAUGAAGGGUCGCGUAGCCUGCUGUUCGCUGAUCUACCGCAAGACGUUGAAGCUAACUAGAACCGCGUUGGGCGAAAUGACAAUCGGCCAGGCAGUCAAUCUGCUAUCUAACGACGUCAAUAGAUUCGACGUCAGUAUCAUAUUUCUCCAUUAUUCGUGGCUCAGACCUUUGGAGACCAUUAUCAUCACAUACAUUACAUUCCAUUUGAUCGACAUCGGAAUAUCAUCUAUUUUCGGUAUCGCAUUUCUUCUGAUGUUCAUUCCUUUUCAAGUGCGGUUAGGCAAGAAGUCGUCAGAGCUGAGAUUAAGAACUGCUAUCAGGACAGAUGAGAGGGUACGAUUAAUGAACGAGAUUAUUAGUGGAAUCCAAGCCAUCAAGAUGUAUACCUGGGAGAAUUUUUUCACCUCACUCAUAGAAAAAGCAAGAAAGAAAGAAGUUAAUAUCAUUCAAUGGGCGUCAUGCGUCAGAGGUAUCGUACAGUCUUUCAUCGUCUUUAUGACAAGAAUAUUGUUGUUCAUUACGAUACUGUCUUAUAUUCUGUUUAGCUACAAGAUAACGGCCGAGAAGGUGUACGUGAUAACUGCCAAUUAUAACAGUUUAAGUCACUUAAUCAUGACUGCCUACUUUCCGCAAGGAAUAACACAAGUAGCGGAAACGAUUGUGUCCAUAAAACGACUGCAAAAAUUCCUCAUAUAUGACGAACUGACUCUUUCCGAGAUUGAAGCAAAGAAGUAUAAUAAGGAGAACAACAAGGACACAAAAGAAAAUAAUAAGAAUGGGAAGGAGAAUAACGAACAGGAUAUGAAGGGGAAUAAUAAGAAAAAUUCGAAGAAAAAUUUAAUCGAGCAGAAGAAGAACGGAAUAAACUUGGCGAGAGCCGUUUAUGUCGAUGCCGCCAUAUAUUUUAUGGACGAUCCUUUAAGCGCCGUAGACGCCCAUGUGGGCAAGCAUAUAUUUGAAAAAUGCAUCGAUAAAUAUUUACGAGGCAAGACUCGAAUUCUCGUCACUCAUCAGUUGCAAUAUCUACGCAACGUCGGUAGAAUUAUCGUUUUGAAGGACGGAGCUAUCCAAGCUGAAGGCAUUUACGACGAGCUGGGCUCUAUGAGAGUGGAUUUUGGUCGACUGUUAAAAAAUCAAGUGAAGGCAGAUGAGAAAUCGUCUGUACUCUCCUUGCCUCCCGUUAGCCGUAAAAAUUCGCUCAUUGCCAGUAUCACGUCGCUGAGUUCCUUAAUGACGAAUAAUACUUCAAAACAAGAUCCUGAUGAGGUGUACCGGACCCAAGGUAUUCCUUUAGUCACUUAUGACGAGCUGGGAUCCAUGGGUGUGGAUUUCGGUCGGUUGUUGGAAAAUCAAGCGCAAACGGAUGAAACAUCCUCUCCACCUGCCUCGACCGCCGUUAGCCGCAGUAAUUCUCGUACCAGCAUCUCAUCGCUGAGUACUGUCAUGACGAAUGAUACAUCGAAACAGGAGCCUCUUGAAGAUUUAGGAUAA